AUGACUGAUUUUGCAGACUUGAACAUCAUGGAGAGGUUUUUCAAAAGAAUAUCAGCGUCGCCAUCCCUAGUUAUUGAGAAAAAUAAUGAUACUCAGGGACAAGAUAGUAUAGCAUUUAUUUUAUCAAAUCUUCCAUCAGAUCUUGAGCUUGUAUUUCUUGGAAAUGAUGAAUCUGAACAUUCAAGCAACCAUGGAAACUUUCUUGAGCUUCUACAGUUUCUUGCUGACCACAGUGAGGAUGUGAAAGCCAUUACUUUGAAAAAUGCUCUAGAGAAUCACAAAUUGACAUCACCAGAUAUUCAAAAAGACAUUGUAAAUGCUUGUGCAACUGAAACCAUCAAGGCUAUUAUUAAAGACAUUGGCACUUCGUUGUUCUCUAUUUUGAUUGACGAAUCUCGCGACGCAUCAACGAAGGAACAAAUGGCUACUAUUGAAACCAUUGAUGAGGUAUUUUCUAGGUUUACAUUGAGCAUGUCUAGGUUGUGUGGACAAGGUUAUAUGGGGCCAACAAUAUGCAAGUUAGCUCUUGUAGCUGUGGCAAAGAACAUCCAAAUUGAGUCUCUUUUUAGUAUAGUUACUAUUUUGGUAAAUGUUGUUGGAGCUUCAUCGAAGUGUUGUGAUCUUCUUCAAGAGAAACAAUCUACUGCAGUUAUUGAAGCACUAAACAAUGGUGAGUUUACAAGUGGGAAGUUGAUGAAAGAUAUACUAGGAAUAACCAAUGAAUUAUCACAAGCAUUGCAAAGGAAGGAUCAGGAUAUUAUAAAUGCCAUGAAGUUGGUUGGAGUUUGUAAGCAAAGGUUGGAGAUAAUGAGGAAAAGUGGUUGGGAUUCUUUACUUUGUGAAGUCUCUGAAUUUUUUCUUAAACAUGAUAUUGAUGUGCCUAAUAUGGAUGAUAUGUUUCUUUCUCGAAGCUAA